AUGUCGGAGCCACAGGAGUGCAGCAGCCGGGAGUCCGCCUCGGGAAGGAGAACGCGGGCAGGAGCGACGUGCGGGCAGUCCCGAGCUCGCUUUCUCCGGGCAGCGCCGCCGGGGCAGCCCGCCCGGGAUGGGGCCUCCCCCGCCCCCGCAGCGCGGCCGGGCCGACCCGAGGCUCGGGCCCAGGGUGGGCAGGGCGGGCUCGGGGCCCAGGGCUCGCCGAACUGCUCAAAAUGGCAGCAGCGCGAGCCGGCGGUACCGCUCACUUACCCGGCAAGGCUGGGGCAGCUCGCGGCCGGCGCUCGGGCGCUCGGGCGCCACAAAGGAACCAUGGAGAAACUUUUCUCAGCCCGAGCCGACGGCGGCGCGCAGGGACCGCGCCUCGGGGCCUCCGCCCAACGCGGCUCAGCAGCCCGGCGGGGGCAGGCGGCCGCCCCGGGUUCGCGGCCCCCUCCGCUGCCGAGGCGGGAGCCAUUUCCAAGAGUUUCCAAGAAGUGUCAGGUCCUCCGCGGCCCGCAUCCUGCCCGGGAGCCGUCCCCGCCGCCGCCGCUCCUCCCGCGCCUCCCCGCGAGCCCAGCCGCGGCGCUCCCGGGCCGCCCCAGCGCCUCUUGUGUGCGGCUGCGGCGCGCCGGGCUCCGCCGGCGCGGGGCGCGCGGGCCCUCGGCCUCCUCCGCCCCCGGGCGCCCCGGGACCGCCGCCCGCCGCCCGCCGCCCGCCUCGGCCCGGAGCUUUGUUCUUUUCCCUCCAACUACCUGUCUGAACCGCGGCGGAGGGCGCCCCGGGCGGGGCCGUGCCUCCCGGAGGGUCUCCCCGCCGGCGUCCGAGGGGCGCUCGGGGCCCGGGGAGCGCAGCGCGCGCCUCCCGCCUCCCGCCCUCCCGCCUCCCGCCCUCGCGCCCCCCGCCCUCGCGCCCUCCUCUCCUCGCCCUGCCCUCUCCUCUUUUGUUGCCUCUGCUCUCGGACACGACCCGGCCAGGGCUAUUUCUCCCCCCCCCCCCCCGCUCGGGAGUUUGCGGUGUGGACGCACAGCCAGCGCGCUCAGUGAUGCCAACCUCUCCACACACCCUGCCAUCACCGAUUGCUCAGGCCGCAGACACAGAGGCAGUUUCGUUCAGUGGGUUCUGGAACCAGUCUGUAUCCUCCAUGAACCAGCUGCUUUAUUUAAGAGCCACAUGGGACCGCAUCUGCACUUAGUCUCUCUGGAAUGGGUUAUGGAAUCAGCUGCUGUGAUUGAACUCUGCUGCCUGUCCACAUGGCGGAGGCCCAGGGCCACUCACCAAAGGCAAAACACUCUUUCCAUUGCUGCUUCUCUCUCUGUGCCCUUAGCCGGGACCCUUUUACUUCACUCUGCUGGGGAACCCCAUUUUCCAACUCAUGUCACUCUACAGCCAAAUCCCUCAUCUGUGAAGACACAACCAAGAGAACAUUCUUUAGCCUGAAGCUUUGAGGACAUCACAGAAGGGACCCUCAGGCCUUCUCUCUGGCAUCUUGAACACGGUGGAAGGAACCUGUUACCGCAGGGUCGAACACAAGAUGUAAAACUCCUGUUUCCUCAUGGCUUUGUCCCCUGCCAGGAAGAAGCAACAUGAUGAGCAAAAGCAGGACAAAAGAAAGCAAGAAACUAAGCAAUAGGUUUAGCAAAUAAAAAUAUCGCAUGGGACAUAAACCUAAAAACGUUUUGUUGUUUAUCUGAAAUUUAGAUGUAACUGGGCCUCCUGUCUUUUUUUUUUUUUUUUUUUUAGGAUUUUUAUUUAUUUAUUCAUGAGAGAGAGAGAGAGGCAGAGGGAGAAGCAGGCUCCAUGCAGGGAGCCCAACGUGGGACUUGAUCCGGGGUCUCCAGGAUCAGGCCCUGGGCUGAAGGCUGCACUAAACCACUGAGCCACCCGGGCUGUCCAGCCUCCUGUCUUUUAUCCACAACUCCACCACAGCAUACCCUUGGUAGCCUCACAGAUGUUUUCGUGGCACAUGUAAAGGAUGAAAGAGCCUGUGAGAAAAUGUGAACUGUAACAGUACAUUAAAGCCUCAUUUGAUUUCUUUGGGAAACAAGAUAGGCAGGAAAACACUGAGCAGAGCCUGGAUAGAGCAGGAACAUUUGGAAGCACAAGGACAGCAUGUCCACAGACAGGCAGCACUUGGCCUUGGGUUUCUUCACGGUGAGAGGUUCCACGGUUUGUGUUUCUAAUCCUUGCCCAUGGAGCCCUGCCCUGCCCAAGGGACGGGUGCUGGCCUCUGCCUCCACUCCCCCCAAGUCCCACAGACGAACCUCUGAGAUGCAGAACUCAGCAUCCCUUUCCAGAACUUCAGUUUGGAAACAGGGUAAACUCAUGCUAGUGUCAAGGUCACGAUCAGACCCAUUUCUUGUGUUUCUGAAAGGUGUCAAAGAGUUCAAGCCCAAAAGCUUUCACUACAGAGGAAAGGAGAUGAUGAAAAGUCUGCAGAGCAUUCUGUAGAACACAUCAGGUGGGGCCUUCCCUCCAUCCUAGAUAGACGGCAUGUGGUAAUAUCAAGCAGCCUGCACUCUGCCUUCAGCCUCAUUUCUUCUGAACAUUACAAAUCACCAGGCUCUCGAUUAGAGAAAACUGGGGUUGUUUUCUCUUAUAAAUGGGUUCAUUUUUGUACAUUCAGUUUUCCCCUGCAACCAGCAUCUUCUGCCAUUUUCCAUGUAUACUAUCAAAGCUAGAUUGUGUGUCUUAUAAAAUAAUUGAGGUCUGAGAUGAGAAACCGGGGUGUGUUGGCAGGCCUGAGAGCAGAUCAAAGCUGAGUGUGGAAAGGGCUUUGCAGAGGGGGCUCCAUCAGUGGAAGAGCCGAGGACCGUCGACAGCUAAAUUUGCCCCACGCUCCCCGAACAUAUCCUAAAUGUCCACACUCAGAUCGUUCCUGUUAUUUCUUAUCAUCUACAGGUACUAUGGAGAGACAGACUUGUCCUACCGAGAACUAAUAGGAGCUCACAUGUCUGAUCUCCUUUCAGAAUUAAUUUUGAUGUGAGCUGCUGCGAGUCCCCAGCAGGAAAGAAGAAACACAGACAAGGAAGUGGUUUUCAAAAAUAAAGAAACGUCAGAGUCCAAGUUUGGUGCCCGGGUAACAGGUCUCUGAGUCAUCCACAAAGCAUUUUCUGAAACACCUCUUACGUGUCCAGCUCUUAGAUUCUUGGUUUAUUCACUUAGCAAGUAUUUCUUGAGCACCUACUAUGCUUCCUACUAUUACAUUGAGGGCUGAAGGCUGAAAAAAAUGCUAUUUGGAAGUAUUCUUGUGGAAAGAAAAAAUGAAGGGACAGGGCCUUCUUACUAGCCUGUAAUUCAUUUAGAUUUCAUCCAAAAGUCAUCAGUGACUGAUGCCAGGCAAGAGAGUAAAUCUCAAUGCUAGAGAAGACUUUAGAGAAAAAUGAUCACUGGAGACAGGAGAUCAAUGGAGACUGGAGUCACUGGAGAGAGAGGGAAAAAAAAAGCGAGUUAAAGAAUAUCUCAUGGGGAUCCCUGGGUGGUGCAGCAGUUUGGUGCCUGCCUUUGGCCCAGGGCGCGAUCCUGGAGACCCGGGAUCGAAUCCCACGUCGGGCUCCCGGUGCAUGGAGCCUGCUUCUCUAUCUGCCUAUGUCUCUGCCUCUCUCUCUCUCUGUGACUAUCAUAAAUAAAUAAAAAUUUAAAAAAAAAUUUUAAAAAAGAAUAUCUCAUGGAUGUAGAUCCCACCUUGGACCUGGAAAAGUUUUAGAUAAGUGGCUAAGUGGAGUGAAGGUACGGGGUUGGGCAGGUGAACAGUAAUGGACAUGACCUCUCUGACAGGUGUAGCGUGCCUGGGGAGCAGGGGCCAAGAAUGCCAUCGAUGGACCUGCAAGAUGCUUAGAACAGGAAGGGGCCUUCAGGUACUCUGGACCAUUGCUCCUCAAUGUGUGGUCCGUGGACCAGCAGCAUCAGCAUCACCUGGAAGCUUGCUAGAAAUGUGCAAAAUGUGAGGCUCCAUUCCAAACUUGCUGAAUCUGCAUUUUAACAAGAUGCGCAGAUAGGUGUGCAUGUCAAACUUUGUGAAGCCCUGAUGUAGUCCAGACCUCCCACUUUAGGGAUGAGAGACUAGAAUUUACCCGGUUCCCAUCUUUGCGUGCAUGUGUACAUCCAUGUGUGACGCAGAAUUUGCUUUUAACUGUUAGUUUCAAUAACUAACCUGGAGGUGUGUAACAUCUGUAGCCAAAUAUGCAGUUCUUACAGAGGGCAGCCAGCAUGGUUUUUAGCUCAAAUAGAAGGAAGUUAAAACUUGGUGACUUUGCAGAUUUAUGCAUCUAUUGAAAAAACUAGUUUGGUGGAUUUGAGUACUGAUUUCAGCUUUCUAAAAGAUUAAAUUAGGGCAGCCCGGGUGGCUCAGUGGUUUAGCGCCGCCUUCAGCCCAGGGCCUGAUCCCGGAGACCCGGGAUCGAGUCCCACGUCAGGCUCCCUGCAUGGAGCCUGCUUCUCCCUUUG